ACUUCCUGUAUCUUGGACAGGUUGGGGUUUGAGACUGUUACUUCACGGCUGUAGUGAUAGCAAAUAUAAGUAUUUAGAGGCAAAUUUAUGAUUCGAGUUUGAGUCCGUCAAGGCGUGAGGCGUCGGCGAGCGGGCGGCCUGUGUGUCUGAUGUUGAUGUAUUCCGAUUUGCCCCCGGAUUUCUGUUCAAGACUGGGAGUGAUUAGAGUAUGUGAUGUUGAGCCCCUGUCGGAGUGGAAAUUAACUAUGGUUAUAUUCUUUUGUUAUGCUCUUACUUAUUCUAAAUAACUUCAGCGACAUGGAAAACCAGACACUAGUAAUUCGAAUAAAGAUACCGGAUGGGGGAGAUGUGGACUGGACAGUACCCAGCGUUUCCCAGCUCAUCUUCAGAGACGUACUGGAUGUAAUCAGUCAAGUCUUGCCAGAUGCCACUACUACAGCCUUUGAAUAUGAGGAUGAGGACGGGGACAGGAUCACUGUGCGGAGCGAUGAAGAAAUGAAAGCCAUGCUGUCGUAUUAUUACAACACUGUGAUGGAGCAACAGGUCAACGGACAGAUGAUCGAGCCCCUGCAGAUCUUCCCACGAGCCUGCAAGCCUCCUGGGAAACGGAACAUACAUGGCCUGAAGGUGAACACGCGCGCCGGCUCCUCCAAUCACUGCGCACACGUCGCCUCCGAGACACUGCCCAACGAGAGCUUAAAGAAAUCCUCUGCUGAGCUGAAGAAGAUCUUGGCGAAUGGGCAGAUGAAUGAACAAGACAUACGAUACCGGGACAUGCUUGGCCAUGGGAACGGAGGCACCGUGUACAAAGCUCUGCACGUCCCGAGUGGGAAGAUACUGGCGGUGAAGGUUAUUCCUUUAGACAUCACGCUGGAGCUGCAGAAGCAGAUCAUGUCGGAACUCGAAAUCCUGUACAAGUGUGAUUCGUCCUACAUUAUAGGAUUUUAUGGUGCAUUUUUCGUGGAAAACAGAAUAUCGAUAUGCACCGAAUUCAUGGAUGGGGGCUCUCUGGAUGUGUACAGGAGAAUCCCGGAGCACGUGCUUGGCAGGAUCGCUGUGGCGGUGGUGAAAGGUCUUACCUACUUAUGGAGCUUGAAGAUUUUGCACCGAGGUAGGAAGAGGGCUCCAGGAACCGACCGCUUCAGCCCGACCCUCUCGCUGACGUUCCUGUUGGCGGCGCGCAAGACCAGCGGGAACUUCUCAAAGGUCAAGGGUGUCGCCAAGUUUGAGCACUCCGGCACCUGCUCUGCCGCCGCUCCUCGACGGACCCGAGACCCCGCCGCUGGCAGAACCAGCACCAGGACCGGGUUCCUGUGCCUGGUCAACUCCAUUGCGAAAACAUACGUGGGAACAAACGCGUACAUGGCUCCUGAAAGGAUAUCGGGGGAACAGUACGGAAUCCAUUCGGAUGUGUGGAGUUUAGGGAUCUCUUUCAUGGAGCUGGCGCUCGGCAGUUUCCCUUACCCCCAGAUUCAGAAAAACCAGGGAUCUUUAAUGCCUCUUCAGUUAUUGCAAUGCAUUGUUGAUGAGGAUCCCCCAGUGCUUCCAGUGGGAGAGUUCAGCGAGGUGUUUGUUCACUUCAUCACACAGUGGGAGAGGGCUCUGGGCAGCCUGCGCUUUCCCUCUGCACGCAGGCGGCCUGAAACCUGCGGCGCGUACCGGGAUGAGGGCCACGCCUUCAUCCUGCUGUACAACGACGGCAACGCGGAGGUGGUGUCCAUGUGGGUGUGCCGCAGCCUGGAGGAGCGGCGGUCACAGCAGCCGGGCGGGGGCCUGCAGUGAGGCGUCGUGGGAUGGGGGGGGAGAGGAAGGUCCCACCUUCGCCGGGACGCCCCUGGCGCAGAAGCCCUCCUCUCCUUCCGGUGCCCCCCUAUGGCCCCGACGUCGCAAUCUGUACGGCGGGAGAGACUGGGAAAGAGCCACCGCUGCCAUCGUGUCUGUGGGAGAGAGGGGUGGUGAUGAGCUUCUGUGAGUUCAUCUGCCUGCUGAUCUGCCAAAAGCGCCACCCCCUUACUGUCUGUUCUCUUGGAGUCUCAUCCCUGGGGGGGCACUAUAGGUUCCCCGCCAUCAGAGUUUCUCGUUUGCACCUGUGCUCUGUCAAACCAGUCAGUCCUCCCCGGCCUCCAACUCCUAGGUUGCUGGGUGUUCGCAUGCGUGUUAUUGUACACAUCGGGGCAGAACCUUCAUGUUCUAAGUCAGACCGUCAAAGACAGUUCAACAAGGUCUGUUUAGAGCAACAAAUGUGAUGCAGUUUUCAGAACUGACCAGGCCGGAGCUCUGAAUAAGGGCCUUUCUCUUCCAGCAGUAUUCAGCAGACUUCAAGUUUUUCAAUGCACAGACUUAAACAUUGAGGGGGGGGCACGUAAACAAGAUCUCCAUCUGCCAAAACCUCCUUUAAACAUGGGGCUCCAAGAUGGAGGGCCUGUUGGUCUUCAAGAAUGUGUUCUCUCUGAGGCAGUCUCCAUGCACGAAGGCUGGGGCUGCUCCUCAGUAUUAUUCCUUUCUUGUACGGUCUUCUCCUGGAGAAUGGGCGCUUCGUCUGUUCCCGGAGAACCAGGAGAGGGCCUUGUAACAGCAGAGCCGUUCAGGAGAAUCCAGCCCCUCGCCUCCGUGCACUGCCACACAAAUACUGUGCCAAAUCCUGCCGUCUGACCUUGCAAAAUAAAAAAGAAUUGCUUUUUAAAAAAACUGCAACUAUGUUAAUGGGCUAGGAAAGACUAGCUCAUGUAAAUGCAGUAGCUCUGGGUUUCGAAUCGAGCAUCCUGCAGAUAAAUCCAGCUUUAACAGAAGUCUUGGGGAAUACGGCAGAGUGCAGAAAGCACUUUUAUGUUCUCAGGUUAGAAGUUCAUGCGGCCCUUCGUGUUGGAUGAUAGACCGGCGCGGGAUGUGACGUUCAGACAUCUGCGUCCUCUUGCUCUCCUGCAGGGGACUGUGGGGAAGGAGAAGAAACAGCAUAGAGGAAGCGGGAGAAGCUGCAUGGCCGGUCUUCGCUGUCUCUCGUUCACCUUGCUUUCACUCAGUCUGGCUCGCGGAUCGGGAUGAGAGGAAAGGCAAUGGGAGACGUGCGUCAGUGGAAGUCCCGGUUUGCAAAACCAGUUUUUGGAUGAAGACAGAGAACGGCUUCUUCUGCUGUCAUUGAAUGUCCAUGAACUACACUUAGUUUGUUUUUAAUGGAGUUAACCCACCCUAAGAGGCUCAGUCAUACCAAAGGUCAAAUUGAAAUUGCCUGGGGUAAAACAAUGCCAGGCCACGCAGAUCUUCUCAGCUUGGGGAAACCUGCCGUUUGCUGCUAUCUCUAUCCUCACAUAUAUUGCUUAUUUAGGAGAAUAUAGUGUAGUUCACUGUCAUCACCAUAAUUGUAUUACUGUACAAAAUGUCUAUAUGAAACCAAGUAAGCCCCUCUUCAUAAAGCUCUGUGACUAAGUUAAAACCGAGGCUGAGAGCAGUUGUUCAGUCAUCUAGAAUCAGAGUAGUGUAGUUUGUGAACUGGUAGAAACAGUCCUAUUUUUUUUUGUGUGUUGUUUUAUACAAUGGUGGCACUUGAGUUUCAUUGAGCACUGACUGACCUGCAGUAGUACUGCUGCGCUGGUCCUCUCUGUCACGAAUCACAAUGUAACCAAUAGCCUGUUUCAGAUGGCAGACUGGGGUUCGGGAAUCCUGUUUACCCCUGGCUGCUGCUGAAGGAGGGAUCCUGUUUUUCCUUAAAAUGCACCUGUGAGGUUCAAAGGUCAAGGGCAACAACUCUGAAGAGGCCAGCCUGUCUGUACUAUAGGUAUACAAGUGUUAAAAUUGUAUUUUUCUAAUACGUUGAUUGUAUUGUACACAUUUACUUCUGAGCUGACACUUACAGAGCAUUUCCAUCACCUUCGAUUUUGAAAAAGUUGUAAAUGUUACACAGAAAGGGUGCUAAUAUUUUUAGGUAGCUGAAAGUGUUUGAAUCUUUUGUUUUUUAAUUCCAGUAAACUGAAACAUGGCAUGAAAUGCUUUCUGGGUGUGGGGCUCAGUCUUGUCUCUGCGUUUCCCACUAGACUGCUGUGCGGCUGGGACGGAUUUUAUCCCAGCUGGUGGCCAGGUGUGGCCGAGUAAGAGCCCAAAACCUCUGUUGUGUGGCUCAGUGCGGUAUAAACCCUUAGGCGUUUCAGUCUGUUUCUUCUGUUUUUAUCAUUUCAGAUUGUUUUAGUAUUAGAGUGUGAACUCAUAAUGCACAAGGUUUUGGAUUUAGAAGCAACAAAUGCGUGCCAAAACUUUAUGGUUACUUCCUGCAUUCGGUUCCUUGUCACUCCGAAACUAGCACACUCUUUUAGCAGAAUGGAGUUUGUACUGUACUGUACAGAAUGUAGUAUGUAAAACACACACUUGGGUUCCUCUUAAGAGUUUAUUGGUCGGGGGAGGAGUCACUUUUACAUUCAUUGCUUUAGAAAUCCUUAACACUUCCUGACAGAAAUUUAAGUGCCUGUUAUUGGUCUGGUCUAAUGGUACCAAUCAAAAUGGCUGUGAACACAUAUGGCUUGUCAUGAGCAUCUCAACAUGCAAACUGGAUCAUCUAACAGGUUUAAAAGCUAUGGAGGAAGGCUGUCAGGUGGAGGUCAUAUUGUAUAAGAGUUGGCUUUGGGUAGAACUUUGCAAAGUUAGGGAGGGUGUACAGUACAGACACGUACUGGAGGAAAUAGGUUUGUAUUUCAGAACUAAUGGGUUCUGUGUGUGUAACACAGCACCAAGCACAAAACAGAGUCGCCACAAACCAAUAUCUAGUAGCUGGUCUUGUGUGUAACUGACUCAUACAGAAACCCAAGGCUUAUACAACUGAGCCACAAGUGAUGGGCAAUUCCACUGUGCUUGAAAGUCCAUGUUUUCAAUGUGGAAGGGCUCUGAACAAACAAAGAACCUCAUAUGAAUCAUUGUAGCAGAACUGGGCACAUAACCCACUCCACCCAGCCCUGCUCUUGUCUCUGAGGUGUCACAGCACUCACGUUGGUGAGGAGAGGAAACAGCAGCUUCCUUAACAUCUGCCGCUGUGUCCUUCUGACAGAUCAGUUUGAUUUAGCAGCAGACCUGUCUGUAGUGGAGCUGUUAUAAAGCUGUAUUUGAACUGCAGAGACACUAAGCCCGGCCUCGUGGAGAGUUCUAAACCUGGCCUUCCUGUAAUUAAAGUGCCCUUUACUGGUCUGGUCUAGAGGUGUCAAUGGAAACGACUGUGGAGACUAUAAACGCUUUUACUGUAAUUGCCAUUGUAACGUGUUUGGAGGAGAAACAAAGUGUGCAAUAUUAAAUGUAAAGAGACUUUUCAAAAGGCGAAAUGCGAAGCCCUCUGGUGUGUCAUUGCGGGGGCUGGGCGGCCUUGGCAGGAGAAUGGGAGGAUCGUCUGGGAGCCUGGUAAGCUGUGGGAAUUUCUCCUCCUGCACCAGGGGAGAGCAGCUUGCUGGCAGCCGAAAGAAAGCAGACCUUGGCCAAGAGGAUCCUCAAAGCCUGGGCAGCGCUGCUGAUUCCUGAGGGCGGGAGAUUGCCGGGGCCGUGGGCAUGGUAGCGGGCCGAGUGAUGCCCGUGCUGGCUGCAGCUGCUCUUCAGAGUUGGCUGACGCCGCUCUGCCCCCCGGUGGCCGGGGCAUUAACUGCAGUGUGAUGGGUGUGACUGCGGGCCGGGGGAGAAGCCUGAUGUGGCUGUUGGUUGGGUGGACCCAGCAGCCUGACUCCCUGGCCACUGCCUGCUGCUGGCAGGUUGUGUUAUGUGGUGGUUUUCACAGUGCUACUGUGGCAGGAGACCCUCCUAGCUCACGGCCCCACAGGUGCGGACGAGCGCAGGGGACAGGAGUCUUGCAUUCUGUCUCAAACUCGCCAUAUUAAUCCUUCUGAUUUUAUCAUAACCCCCAUCCCCUCCCCCCGCACCGAGCGCUUUGAUUACUGAGAUACCUCUCACAGAUAUGCAGCAGUGAUGUUUUAAUUUGUCUUCGGCCUGUUUAGUGUCUGUGAUGUUUUCCCUAAUCAAUAAACCCGUGUCUAUUGA